AUGGGACAAAGCACUGAACAUGUGGUGCAAGAGGCCUAUGUAAUGUCGCAGGAUUACAUCAGGUACGUGACUGGUAGGACAUCAAAGGCAGCUCCCAGUGUGACUGCAGCAGCCCUGAGACACGCAGGUGAUGACCUCCUGGUGAAAUAUCCCAUCUUCUUCAAACGAUGGCCCCGGGUUUUCAAGGACGUUUGCUCUGACAACGCCUGUGACUAUUUAUUCAAGAUCCUGGAUGAGCAUUUUCAACCAGAGAAACCCUGGCAGAAGAAAGAGCUGACGUGGAGUGGGAUCCUUUCUAUUUACGUGCUGGCAGGACAGCUGGCUAUAUACUGUCAGAAGAAUGGCAUGGAGUCAGUGCUAGAGGAGCUGGAACUCAGAGUGGGACAGUACGUGGAGAGUAAAGUAUGUCCAAGUAUUAGAGAUAAGGGAGGAUGGUCUGGUUUUGUGGAGCGCUACGCUGAGAAGGAAGAGCCGGAACAUACGGUGAUUCGAGCUUGUUGUGGAGUGUUACUCUUGCUGGCCACCAUGUCCCUGACUUACUAUUUUUACAGGAGGUUAUGA